GAUGGAUGAAUGGAUCCAUGCAUGAAUGAAUGGAAGGAGAUAGGGUGACUUCACCCACUUUCAGCGAAAGAAACUAAAGUUCAGAUAGGUGAGUGACUUAUCCAGGAUCCCAGAGGACGUGAAGGGCACACCAGGGAUCCUUGUCAGCCUCCUGACUCUGCGUCCAAAGCUUCCACCCUUCACUUGAGCAGGGCAAUCCUCUCCUCCCUCAGCCUUUGUUAGAAGACACCACAUAACCCCUGACUCAGCUAGGCAAUAACUUCCCCUUGGCCAAAUUCAAGGGCCUUGAGGACAUUCAAAGCAGCCUGGAGGGGGGAGGAGUGGGGGGGAGGUUCUAUGAGUGCACAGUUCCUCCCAUUGGUCCUUAUAAAAGGCAGAGGGAGGUUGGGGUGGUCUGAAAGGCACCUGGUCCUCUCCUCCCGCACCCCAGCUCUAGGUCCUGAGCUCCAUCUCCCUCUCAUGGCAGGCCUUGCGACCCUGGGGGCUGGCCUCCUGCUCCUGACCCUGUGUGCCCACUGCAUUGCCCCUGCAGGCUCUGCACCCAUCCCCUCUUCCUGCUGCAUGUCCUUCAUUUCCAAGAAAGUUCCUGAGAACCGAGUGGUUAGCUACCAGCUGUCCAGUGCGAGCGUCUGCCCUAUGGCAGGAGUGAUCUUCACCACCAGGAAGGGCCAGAAGUUCUGUGGCGACCCCAAGCAGCACUGGGUCCAGAUGUACGUGAGGAAGCUGGACGCCAGGCGGAAGAAGGCGUCGCGUGGGGUCCGGGCGAUGACCACCAAAGCCCCAGUGCAGGGGAAGCCAGCCAACACCACCGCCAUCUAGCGCCGCCUGGCGCUCAGCCUGGGGUCCGUGAGCCAACGAUGAGAGGUGGGGAGCGAAUGUUCCUGUUUCCUAACAUCAGCCUAUAAGACAGAACCCAAGGCUGGGGAGGCCUGCCCUGGGGGUGCUGAGUAACCACUCCAAGGGUCCUGGGCCCCUUGCCUUUCCCGAGCUGUAGGAGAAGAUUCUGGAAGGAAGGGGGUGGUGGCCAGUUGUCCUUCUCCUGGGCUGGGGCCAGCCCUUCUCUGCCUUCCAGGUUCCAUCGGAACCCAGGGGCCUGAGGCCUGACCUGCAGACACACUCGGCUGGCCACCUAAAAACUCAGCCUACAGUUGGCUUCUGUGGGUCCUCGGGGCCUGCAGUGGGACCCUGUGGACUGACCAUCUGUCUGUCUGGGUACGGGGGACCUGUCGACAGCUGAAGCUCGUGGCAUUGCCAAUGUCCCACUUCCAGAAUCCCGGAAGAAUAAAAAUCUGAGAAAAAUGGGGCUCCUUUGCCAAAGGAACUGCCAGACCCAAGCCUACCUUGCACACGUCUCGUGGGCUAAACGGAAGGACGUUUUUAGGGACUCAUCGUUUUUUUGUAAUAAAGCAGGCCUGGAGGACCAAGCUGAGGGGCCAGCCUGGGUAGUUUAAAUCCUUGGGGAAGAAGGAGGGUUUGGAAGAGGUGGUCCACUUUGUGGCAUGACCUGUUCCGUGCCCCUUUGGGGACAAAGACCCGGUGUGCCUUUAAAGGUGGUCUUUCCCUACAUUUGGGGGAUGGGAAGGUGGAGUGGGAGCUUAGAGGGAGAAGAUUCCAGGGCUUUAAAGAAAAUUUUUUCCCCUGUAUAUGAGAUAGCAUGUGAUGUAGAGGUCAAGGGCGUGGAAACACUUGCUCCUCUCAAAUAACGAUCCAAGUAAAAUGUGAUUUCCCUUUGAA